AUGGAGACACAAGUACCCACUCCCCGAAACCCUGAAGACCCCACCUACCCGUCAAGCUUGGGAUUCGAGAAAGAGGUCACUUCAGAUUCGUCGCCACGCCAUUCAACAAACGAUUCUCCAAGGAAGAGUCUGGCGACCGUAGAAGAUGUCAAUGAUGAUGAAGGCAAAUAUCUCACUGGGAUCAAGCUUAGCCUGGUGAUCGCUUCUGUCACCUUGGUCACCUUUUUAGUACUCCUUGAUAUGUCAAUCAUUGUCACGGCUAUCCCAACGAUCACCACCCAAUUUCACUCUCUUGGAGAUGUGGGGUGGUAUGGAAGCGCUUAUCAGAUUGCAAGUGCUUGCCUGCAACCUCUCACGGGUAAACUAUAUACCAACUUCAACUCCAAGUGGACCUUUUUGGCCUUCUUUUUCGUGUUUGAGCUGGGCUCUCUGCUCUGCGGUAUCGCAAAUUCAUCCAAGAUGCUCAUUGUCGCUCGAGCGGUGGCAGGCAUGGGUUGUUCUGGCCUAAUGAAUGGUACCCUGACUAUCAUUUCGUCCUGUGUUCCGCUUCACAAGUCCCCGAAAAUCAUUGGCAUGGUGAUGGGCUUCUGUCAAACGGGCCUUAUUUGUGGGCCAUUGAUCGGAGGUGCCUUUACCGAGAAGGCGUCCUGGAGGUGGUGUUUCUACAUUAAUCUCCCCAUUGGAGCUGUCGUCGCAAUAGCUUUGGCAUUCAUCAACAUUCCUGAACAAUUCCCCAAGCCAUCAAUUAAAUCCGCUGCCAAAACCAUUCUUCAUAAGCUUGACCUCAUCGGCUUCAUCCUCUUUUCUCCCGCAGCGAUUCAACUCCUCCUUGCACUGGAGUAUGGUGCUGGCAGCUAUCCGUGGGGAAGUGCGAGGGUCAUUGGACUUUUCUGUGGAUCGGGUGGCGCAUUUAUUGUCUUUCUCCUCUGGGAGCAUCGUCAAGGAGACAAAGCAAUGAUCCCUCUGUCUAUGGUUGCGCAGAGGACAGUCUGGACAAGCUGCGUCUUCAUGAUGGGGCUUUUCGGAACGGUCCUCGCCUUGUCUUACUAUCUACCCAUUUACUUUCAGUCAGUCAGAAAUGAUACGCCGAUCAUGAGUGGUGUCUCGCUGCUCCCUAUGAUGCUGUCACAAGUCGUAUUCGCAGUGAGCUCGGGUAUCUUAAUUGGAAGACUAGGAUACUAUCUUCCCUGGGCCGUAUUUUGUGGUGCACUUACUGCCAUCAGUGGAGGACUUCUUGCAACAUUGAGUCCCCACACAUCAGUCGGAAAAUGGGUUGGAUAUGAGAUUAUUGCUGGCGCGGGUCGAGGAACUGGAUUUCAAAUGCCCAUCAUUGCCAUCCAGAAUGCCCUUCAUCCAACUCAAUUAUCAGUCGGUAUGGCUGUUCUUAUGUUCACUCAAACACUUUCUGGUGCCGUCUUUCUCACACUAGCGAAUGUGAUUUUCGAUGCUGGUCUCAAGUCACUACUCCCCAAAGACGCGCCCAAUGCCGAUGCAGCGGCUAUUAUUGCUGCCGGAGCUACUGGUUUUAGAUCUGCUGUGUCGAGUGAAGAUCUUCCUGGUGUCUUGACAGCCUACGCAAAGAGUAUAGAUUAUGUUUUCUACGCGACUGCUGGCCUGGGAGUGGUCAUGUUCCUUAUUGCAUUCGGCAUGGGCUGGAAAGAUGUCCGAAAAAAGAAGACAUCUCCUGAAAGUGCAUGA